GUUGCAGCUGUGGAAUGUGAGGGAGGUUUCCUUCUGAUUAGGAAACAAAGAGAAAGAUCUGCAGCUGGUCCCUGAAACCACAGGUUCAGAGUAGUUAGGCUAAGCCUUGGCCCUGGGAGCUUUUUAUAAAGAGAUACUAAUUCUGAAUUAACCUUUUUCACAUGGGAAAUUACAGGCUGGGAGAGAGUGCCAGCCCGCAGAGGGAGCUGGGGAGGCGUUAGUGCUGCCUGCUCUAAUUAAUCCUGGUUUGUUUGCAGGAAUAUAUAAAGCUAAACAUUAGUGCUCUGAGCCUUUGGCCUUUCUCCACGUGCUGGUGGAGGAGUUUUACCAGCUCUGAGCUGAAGAACCCAGCCCCCAGCUGCUCACUGGGUAUAAAGUUGUGGGUUUUGUUAAGGAAGAAGGUUUGAGGCUGCUUUGAGAGCAUCUUACAAGUAGCUUAAUUUGGGGGUUCUAUCAGGUGUUCUCCCUCUUGCCUUGGUGUGCUGCAGUGGAAAACUGAGUUUGCCAAACUUGUUACUAUCUCUUUCAGCUUCCCUGGUGUAUUUUCCUGCCUGACAAGCUCUUGUUUACAAGCUGAAGAGCAAAGAAAGCCCCAAAGAAUCAAAAAAUUGUGAAAAAUUGAGAGUCUGCUGGUGUUCCUUGCCCUGUUUGCUGCCUGAGGUGAGGUUUGAGAUCACCUGCUGUACACCAGAUUUGAGUUAUUUUUUCAGAAUUUUUUUUAUACUGGUCCUUCUUGCAGGAUCUCUGCCAUGGUGUUUCAGUUGUGGCUUUAAGGUAGAAGUUGGGAAAUUGUUUCUCAUUUUGUUGGUGUCUUGUUUAUUUUACAUUAUUGUUAGGUAUGGUUAAGGUGCAAGUCUGGUGCUGCAGAGUCCAGAGCAGGGGGCUGGAGGUUUUUUUGUGAUUGGGCAAUACAACUUGUUUUCAGAAAUCCCUUCUUGUCUACCUAUGUUACUUGGUAUCAAGGCAGGGGCCAAUAGUGGUGAGUCAAAAAGGUUGCUGAAUUUACUUUGAAUUACGGAAUUUACUGAAUUUACUUUGAAAUAUUAGUAGAAGGUAUAUGGAACAAAAAGCAAUAACCCCAAGCUUCACACAGCAUCUGCUCAGUGCUGGCAGUGGCUCACUGGUGAUUGGGUUGGUUCCCACUUCCGUCUUCCCAAAAUAAGCUCUAUUUAUUUUUAUCUUAAUGGGUCAGGGCUGCAGCUCCUAAGCAGAGCUAAUGGUCUCAAGGGCAUCCUUUAAGUUUAAACAGGGUUUUGACUCAUUUUUAUGGGGGCUUUUGGAGAGGGACAAUCACUCUCUGUAGGCUCCUUACAGACUUCCAAACUGCUUUUAUGCAGGGCAAUAAAAAUUACUCAAAUCACCAUCCCACAGUAAGACUGGAGGCCUGUUGGGUGGAAAAAUGCUUCUUUCUUCCCAUUAGUAUCUCCCCAAAACCCCAAAGCACUGACACUCAUCUGCGUGAGGCACACUCCCAUUGUUACUGCUGGGUUUUAAGCUGCCUCCAGCCUUGGUGUGAAUUUCAGCUCUUCUGGCAUUUGCUGAAUCAUUUUAUUUGGUUACAAAGUAGUGGCUGCAAGGUCAGUGCCUAACGAUGAAACCAGUGAGUACUCAGAGGUAAACAAGGGAAAAUCCUUCCAGGCUGGGACACAGCCCUGCCCUGGGCUGGGAACUGAUGGUUACCCACAUUUAGGCACUCCCACAUCUCCCCCACAGCACAUGCACAGCAACAACAAAGGGUGAAUGAACCUUUAGGUGACUUUGUCCAGCAGGAUUAAGGAUGGCAAACCAGAUAUAUUUAUAUAGAAAUAAAUGAUUUAUCAUGCUAGUGAUAAGACUAAAAAGGCCUUAAACAGAAUUAUUUUCUACCUAGUAAGGGUAGCCAGAACUACUAGUAUAGUGCAGUGCACUAGUUUUGAAGCAAAACUGAAGCAUUUAUAUUAAAGCAGUUAUAUUGAUGCAAUUAUACUAAAGACAGCAAAAGGUAUUUGCUAGAGAAUGGGGGUACUCAGCCAGACCAAUGACUGUGGGCAAAUCUCUUUGGCUCAGCCCUGUGGAGUGGCCUUGAGUGGAGUCCCCACUCCAGGGAGGGGUGUGUUGGAAAACCCUCUGUUAAACAGUGGGCCUGGGCAGUCAGGCAGAUGUGUCUGGGCCAGCUGUGCCAGCUCAGCAGCUGUGGGUGAGGUGUCAGUAGCAUCACUUGUUUGCUCCUUUAUCAGGCACUUUAUCAUCUGCCACAUUUUCACCUGGCUCCCAAGAUGUUUAACUUUGGGAUCCAUGGAUCAGGCUGGUUUUAGCAUUAUUCAGCCCAAAAGCAGUGUGAACACCUUCUCCACUCACUGACAGCUUUUCAAGCAGGGCAUUGUUUGAGUUGUUCCUCCCCACUCCAGGCAGAGCAUCCUGAGCAGGGACUGCACCCCCAGCCCACACCUGUCCCUGAGCCAGCCCCCCUUCCCUGGGGACACCCUGGCAGUCACACCACAGAGACUUCUGCUAAAAAGCAGCACAGAGGGGACAAGUUCUGCUGAAUGUCCCCUGCAGUCUCACUGACACAAAAAGCACUGAGCACGGGUCUCAGGCUGCUCUGAUUCUCUGUGCAGUUUGUUUAUUUAACAAACUGUGCUGCCAAGUGUUCUCAGCAGAGCUGUCUGGGACCCUGGUGGAGCCUGGCCUGGCCGUGCAGCACAGACAGAUUUUCCAUCUACCUGGCAGGAGCUUCCCAGCAGUUUUUCCCCACACUGCUGAACUAGGUCAGGCUCUCACUGCCUUCCCCAUGCUGUAGACUGGGCACAAAAGCACGCUGAACUGUGAACUCCCUGCUCCUGCAUGGAGCUGCCUGGCAGGAUUGCUGUGUGUCCAAGCAUCCUCUCCUCCUGGCCUAUGUCACACCCAUCCCAAAGCACAGGUGCCAUGGGGUAGGAGCAGGGUCAGCAGAGGAGCUGUUCCUUUUCCACACCAUCUGAGGAAACCACUGUGGCUUCCCAGGCCCAUCCCACUGGCAAGGCAGCGAAGCCCAGGGGAAGCUUUCACCUGGUUUCCUAUUUCACAUGCAAUGCCUUGAGCCUUUUGCCCCACACCCAGGCAGAGGGGCCCAGCACGAGAUCUGGGUUCUUACAAAUUCAUAGAAACAGGCAAAAAGUGAGAGUUUCUGCCUGAACAAUUUCCAGAGCAGCCCUUGGAGCAGUGUCUGGGCCUGCCCCAGCUGUGCUCACCCCAGUGCCAGAGGUGAGCCAGCUUUUCUAGAGCAGCCCUUUUCCCAGGGAAAUGCAAAGCUGAAGAUUGCAGGGGUUGGAAAGGGCUAUUCCCCUGGAGGUUAUUCAGUGCCAGGGAGCUGGGGCUGGGCGCUGGCUCUGCAGGAGCUCUGUGGGACUGUCAGCACAGCACAAAAACAGCCAUGAGCUUCCUCAGCCAAAUGUUCCCAGUCCUCCCAGGAGCAUCUAAACUGGCCCAGCUCACAAAGCCAACCGUGUACAGACUUCAUUUUUAUGUUCCCACCAAGUGCCAAAAGCAAGCACGGGAGAAAGCUUAAAAAUAAACCAUGACAGCUCUGAGAAGGAUGAAUUUGGGCAGAGCAAGGAAUGACAAUUCCAGCAUUCUCCUGAUCAGCUGAUGUUCUGCACUGAGCAGAAAGGAUUUACUGGCUGCAGGGCAGGGUUUGGAGCCCUGCCACCAGGCACGUGCCUGUCCCAUGCCCGUGAGGGAUCCUGGUGGGGCCAGAGCAGGAACCCACAACCAAAGAGGAGUCUGGUCAAUACCAGCCCUGGCAGCAUCCAAGAGCAUCCUCCUCCAGCUUCAGCUGCUGCUCCUGCUGUUCCUGCCUUACCUGAAGCAGUUGUUGGGGGGUUGUAAUUAUUUUCCAAGCUUAAAACAAAAUCCCAAUCCUUUCCCAAGUCAGAAGCAUUCCUGCUCUUCCACCCCUAUCACACAGUUGUAUUUUGUAGUGCACGUCAGCCUGAAGAAGCGUUGAGGUACAAAUUUGCAUUUGCAGAGCUGCUGCUUCAUGACUUAGUGCUUAAAUUCAAGCCUGGAGUGAUUCAAGUGAGUUUCCACCCCUAGGACAAGAUUUUCUACCUUUUAAUGCUCCAGGAUAAAGUGUGAAAGUUGUUCCCCAGUAGGAUCAGCGUUAACCGUUCCCUGCUUGUGAGGGCAGCGACUACAGCAGAGAGGGGCAGCACCAGUCAGAGAGGAUCCAGGCAGCCCCUGAGCCUUUCCUGCAGGACUGUGAGGGAGAGGGAGAAUGAGAAAAGCUCCCUAAGCAUCAAGAGCUUUCCAGCCACAUGUGCGUAAAAAUCCCUUCCCGUGCCACGUGACCGAGGAAGAGGCACAGAUCCAUUACACAAUAAUAAAAAUAUGCCUUUGGCAACGUGGAGCCAAAGUGGAGCUGCUGCAGGGAGCUCAAACUACGCACAAGAAGGAGUAAAACAGGAGUAAAAAGGACCAAAGUCAAUCCUGCACAGCCCUCCCAGGACCUGCAGUGGCAGGACGGGGCUGUGGAUCUGCAGCAAGACAUCUGCCUGAAGCCCUGGGGGCUGCCAGCGCCUGUCAGGAUCUCACUGAGGAGAUCAGGCUGGCUGUGCCAUGAUCUCUGCUGUGCUGCUCCUCUGGACCGUGCCCUGCGUGGCAAACCACAUCCUGGGGGGCUUUGCCAAGCGGGAGCUGCAGGAGGGUGCCCAGCUGGCCUGCAGCCUGCCAGGGCCCCCCGGGCCCCCCGGGCCCCCGGGCGUGCCCGGCACUCCCGGCACCGUGGGCAGGAUGGGCUUCCCGGGCAAGGAUGGCAAGGACGGCCAGGACGGGGACAAGGGCGAGCACGGCGAUGAAGGUCCCCAGGGCAGAACAGGAAACCCUGGCAAGCCAGGCCCGAAGGGGAAAGCAGGAGCCAUUGGCAAGGCAGGGCCCCGGGGGCCCAAGGGUUUAAAGGGCAAUCCCGGGAAAAACGGGGCCCCGGGGAAGAAAGGGCCCAAAGGGAGCAAGGGCGAGGCGGGGCUGCCGGGGCCCUGCGGCUGCGGGGCCAGCAGAGCCAGGUCUGCCUUCUCGGUGGCCGUGUCCACCAGCUACCCCAGGGAGAGGCUGCCCAUCAAGUUCGACAGGAUCCUGAUGAACGAGGGAGGACAUUACAAUGCUUCCAGUGGGAAGUUCAUCUGCAGCAUCCCAGGGAUUUACUACUUCACCUAUGACAUCACUUUGGCCAACAAGCACCUGGCCAUCGGCCUGGUCCACAACGGCCAGUACCGGAUCAAGACUUUCGAUGCCAACACCGGGAACCACGACGUGGCCUCUGGAUCCACCAUCCUGGCACUGAAGCAGGAGGAUGAGGUGUGGCUGCAAAUCUUUUACUCAGAGCAAAAUGGGCUCUUUUAUGAUCCCUACUGGACAGACAGCUUAUUUACUGGAUUCUUGAUUUAUCCUGACCAAGAUUAUCUCAAUGAAGUGUAGGAGGAGAAACUAUGGGGAAAAAAAUAGGAAAUGGGCCUCAAUCCAACGUGGUGGGGCCUUACGUGGGACAUGCCUGGGAUUAUCAGAUGAUUCCACAUUUGCCUUUGGGACUAUCAGCUGAUUGCACCCUGUGUGGGCUAUUUAGACUUUUCCACAGGGUACCAGGCUUUCAGCAGCCUCAUGAAUGUCUCCAUCCCAAAGCCAGCCAUUCUGUAUUCCCUGAUUAUUGCAACAUGCCAUGGACAUGUAACUCAAAUACUGGUGCAGAAUGCUUUGGUUAUUGCAUUGUUCUAAUAAAGCAUGGAAACCAACAGUCA